AGUACUGCUUCUUCGGCUCCUUCAAUGUAACAGCACUUUGAACGGAGACACAGCUUGAGAAGUGACUGAUCCCGAUGAGCCGACCUCCAGAGUGGGAAAUGCGUUUUAAUUCUGCUGCGAGAUCCCUUCCACCGCCCUAGUGGUCCCGUCGAGUGGAUUGUAAAGUGUCCUCGCGGACUGGCUCCACAGGAUCGAGUUUGUGUGGAUUACAGGACCCGGAGGCCCCGUUGAGUUGAAUGUGUGUGCUGCGCUGGAGUGGGUCAGUAUGAGGCUACCGCUGCUGCUCUGAGCGGGCUCUCUGCUCCCUGCCUCGGGUCUCUUACAACCUCAUAUUUACUUCUAAAACUGGACACCCCUGGAGCAGUUUAUGACGACUCUGGUUGGACCGUAAUGACCGCACGCUUCCGGUUGCCUGCAGGCAGAUCCUACAAUGUCCGGACGACGGAGCUGGCACGCGACAGGCAGCGCACCGAGGUGGUCUGCAACGUUUUUCUUUUGGACAACACUGUCCAGCCUUUUAAAGUCAAUAAGCACGAUCAAGGACAGAUCCUACUGGACGCUGUCUUUAAGCACCUGGAGCUGACCGAGAGAGACUAUUUUGGGUUGCACCUGGCCGACGACGACUCUGAUAGUCCGAGGUGGCUGGAUCCAAAUAAACCCAUAAGGAAGCAAUUAAAAAGGGGCUCUCCACAUCAUCUGAACUUCCGGGUGAAAUUUUUUGUGAGUGACCCCAACAAACUUCAGGAAGAAUACACACGGUACCAGUAUUUUUUACAGAUUAAGCAGGACAUACUCAGUGGAAGACUGCCCUGUCCACAAAAUACUGCCGCACUCCUUGCAUCGUACGCUGUUCAGUCUGAGCUGGGUGAUUACAGUGAAGCUAAGAAUUUGCCAGGAUACCUGUCCGAGUUCUGCUUCAUCCCCAACCAGCCUCAGGGCUUUGAAAAAGAGGUCACCAAACAUCACCAGCAACACAGUGGACUUACUCCAGCACAGUCUGAAUUCAAUUACCUGAACACAGCACGAACGCUGGAGCUUUACGGAGUGGAACUGCACUAUGCAAGGGAUCAAAGCAACACAGAGAUGUUCAUAGGCUUGAUGUCAGCUGGCAUUGCCAUCUACAAGAACAGGGUACGGAUCAACUACUUUCCAUGGUUGAAGAUUGUAAAAAUAUCUUUUAAAUGCAAGCAGUUUUUCAUCCAGCUAAGAAAAGAAGGGCAUGAGACGAGAGAUACAUUGCUCGGGUUCAACAUGGUAAACUACAGGGCCUGUAAGAACCUCUGGAAGGCCUGUGUUGAACACCACACCUUCUUUCGGCUAGAUCGGCCUGUUCUUCCACAGAAGAACUUCUUUGCACACUACUUCAAUUUGGGCUCCAAGUUCAGAUACUGUGGGAGGACAGAAGCACAAUCUGUUCAGUAUGGCAAGGAGAAGGGAAUGAAGGGCAGAGUGUUUGCAAGAUCUCCCAGCAAGCCCCUGGGCAGAAAGGUGAUGGGUGUGACAGACUGGGAAUCAGUGAGCAGGAACUCGCUGUCUGAAGAGAGGCUGGAGACCCGUAGCCUGCCCACCCGCUCGCCCCCUGGGACGCCCAACCAUAGGAACUUAUUUGUGCAAGAGGGUCCUCGGCUACGGCCCUCUUCCAUGGGUCACCUGGUGGACCAUGUCAUCCAUGCUUCCCCCAGCCUUCCUGUUUUCUCCAAUCACAAAUCAGCUUCCUCUACACAAGCAAACAGCAUCAGCCUGGAGUCUACGCCGUCUCCAGAAGGAGUUGAAGGUCCGCCCCCCGCCCUCCCUCCGAAACAGUCCAGGAAGAACCUGAGCCAGCUCAUACUGUCCCACUCCCAACAGGACUUGGACAACCACAUCAAUGAAAUGUACGAUGUCCCUAUAGCAACAGAAAAGGCCACGCCUAACGGAGUCGUUCCUCAUGACAAUCUUGUCCUGAUCAAGAUGAAACCGGACGAGAACGGAAGAUUUGGGUUUAAUGUGAAGGGCGGCUCAGAUCAGAAGAUGCCCAUAAUUGUGUCUCGAGUAGCGCCUGGAACAUCGGCUGAUUUGUGUGUGCCUCGGCUGAAUGAGGGCGAUCAGGUUGUGCUGAUCAACGGUCGAGAUAUUGCAGAGCACACGCAUGAUCAGGUGGUCAUGUUCAUCAAGGCCAGCUGCGAGAGCCACUCGGGGGAGCUCAUCCUGAUGGUGCGGCCCAAUGCUAUCUACGAUGUGGUUGAGGAGAAAUUGGAGUCCGAACCGGAUUUUCAAUAUAUCCCAGAGAUAUCUCCCACGGACCCAUCUCAGCUGGACCGGGACGCCUGGAGGGACUCGAUGCUGCAGUUAAAGGAGAGUCUCAACAGUGCUACUAUACUGGCCCAGUUUGAUCAACUGUAUCGGAAAAGGCCUGGAAUGACAAUGUCAUGUGCCAAAUUACCUCAGAAUCUUUCCAAAAACCGCUACAGAGACAUCUCACCUUAUGAUGCAACUCGAGUCAUCUUGAAAGGCACAGAUGACUACAUCAAUGCAAAUUACAUCAAUAUGGAAAUCCCUGCCUCCAGUCUCAUAAACCGCUAUAUCGCCUGCCAGGGGCCGCUGCCCAAUACAUGCCCGGAUUUCUGGCAGAUGACGUGGCAGCAGGGCUCCUCUUUGGUAGUCAUGCUCACUACUCAGGUUGAGCGAGGACGUGUGAAGUGCCAUCAGUACUGGCCGAACCCCUCAGGUAGCGCCACAUACGGCGGCUUUCAGGUUUCCUGCCAGACUGAGGAAGGAAACUCUGCUUUCUUGGUUAGGGAAAUGACUCUUACUGACAUCGAGAGUGGGGAAAGCAGGGAAUUGACCCAAAUCCAGUACCUGGCGUGGCCUGAUCACGGUGUACCAGAUGACUCAACGGACUUCCUGGAUUUCGUGGCUUUGGUCCGGAGUAAACGAGCUGGGAAGGAUGAGCCCGUUGUGGUCCACUGCAGUGCUGGGAUUGGCCGGACGGGAGUUCUCAUCACCAUGGAGACGGCAAUGUGUCUGAUGGAGUGCGGCCAGCCAGUGCAUCCAUUAGAAAUUGUGAGAACCAUGCGGGAUCAGAGGGCCAUGAUGAUUCAGACGCCUAGCCAGUUCAAGUUUGUGUGUGAGGCCAUACUGAGGGUUUACGAGGAGGGCCUGGUGAAACCGCUCAAGUCCACGCUGUACGAAUCCAACUAAUGCAAUGCCAGCUUCCCGAAAAUGAUGCUGAAAUUCACUGACAGAUGCAUGUUCUCCACAUGAUGAUGUUACACCUCUGUGACAGAGUGAUGGAGAAGUAUCUCGAGCCAGGAACACAGGACAUAAACCAAGCACUGCUGCACUUUAUGCUGGCAAAGAGACUAUAUGCCAGGCUUCAAUGACGAGAGAGAGAAAUGACAAAGAAAUCUAACAAAGGGGAAGUAGGUACUUGUUGGGACUUUGAGUGUUCAGGGUUUUAACAAAUAUAUAUGUUAAUAAUGAAUAUAGUGGAGAUUGCUGGUGCCAUAUGUGUGUAAGGGCAGGCCCGUGAAUGAAUGAGUGUUUUUAUAUGUGGUCACCUAUUAUUUGGAAACAUACAACACCCACAAAACAAUUCACAUCCAGGCCUGUGCUGAAUUUGUAUUUUUAUUAGAAAUAUUUAUUGUUUCAGUUUCAAUAUUGAGCCCUGCUCCUUCAACAUAAGUAACUACUUAGGUUUUUGUUACAACAGAGAUCUUUUUAUUUUUUUCCUGUUUGCUUUGGUCUCACUUUUUGGCCCAGGAUGAAAAUCAUUUUUAUUUAUUUUUCUGUCAAACUAAAAAGCUGUCAACAAGGACUUUAAAGCACUUUGCAUUACAGCUGUGAUGCAAAAUAUUGCUUUGGACUCUCACACAGAAGGAAUACUAAAAUGAAAAUGUUGUGAUUAUUUACUCACCCUCGUGUCUUUCCGAACCCAUAUGAUGUUCUUUCGCCAGUGGAGUGCAAAAGGAGAUGUUUUGAAAAAUGUUUGUGCUGCUCAUUUCCAUACAGUGAAAGCCUACAAGAUAAAAUUACAGAAAAAAACAAUAAUAUUCCAAGUGUUUUGAAGCAGGAAAAGAAUGUAACUUAUUAAUUACUAAAAAGAAAAUAUUCUUCCAGUUAGUAGUACCUAAAUCUGACAGAAUUAGUUGCUGUAGAAUAAUAAAUUCCAGGCCACCAACCCAUAGAAUUCAACAUACAGAAGAUUCCUUUAAAAUUAGAUUGAUUCAUUUUUAUGUAUUCCUUUUUUAUAUAUACUCCUCUGCUGUUUAAUUAUAAGAGAACUGUCAUUUAUAAAUUUGAUCUGUCCUAAGGCAAACAUUCCCUGAAAGGAUAAACUUGCCAUUUAAAAUCAGAUGUUAGUGUUCAGUUGAAGGGUUUAGUAUUCCCUCUAGGUCAGGGGUAACCAACCCUGCUCUUGGCGAUCGACUGUCCUGCAAAGUUCAGCUCCAAUCCUAAUCAAACACACCUGAAGCAAUUAAUUAAGGUCUUCAGGAUCACUUAAAAAUUAAAGGCAGGUGUGUUUGAUUAGGGUUGGAGCUAAACUUUGCAGGACAGUUGAUCGCCAGGAGCAGGGUUGGUUACCCCUGCUCUAGGUGAUGUAACAGCUGCAUCAGUGUUUUUUGUGUUGUUGUUACACACCACAAUGUGUCAAAUGCAGUACCAUGUUGGGGGAUCAAAUCGGAGUUUGUUUAUUUUUGACCUGUUUAUUUCUUGUAGCAGACUGCACAUGCAGAAUAUCCUGCUAACAUUAGCAUGUGUGUCCAGUGUGUGUGUUGCUGUGUUAUUACCGUAUGCUUCUGAUGUCUAUAUGUGUAAGUGUGUUUUAUAGUACUGUUGGUGUGAAUGUGACAGCCCAAAUCACGUUUAGGUUUGAUCUAGGCCUGGUUCAACACAUUAGAGCUGCCGUCUGGUUCAGGCUGUUCGAUUUUAUUUCGUUUAUUUAACUGAGCCCUAGUUUUAUGAACAGUCUUUGUUUAGAAGCCAUCAAAUAAACAUUGAUAAUCACUCAAAUUGAAUGUUUGUCCCAUUGCCCAGUUUCACAUAUCAACUCUAGUUGAAUGCAGAGUUGAAUCCAUGUCUAUGGUACUAUCUACAUUUACAGUCAAUCAUAUGAUGUGUCUUUGUGGUCAUAAUUGCUGGAGAACCUUGGUUUUAGGACCAAAUAAUUCCAUUCGGUGCUGAACAGGUUACAGGUUUUACCAAAAAACAUUUAAAACAGGAACAUGGCAUGGAAUUUGGGAGAAACUACAGACCUCAUGCCUUGUGGGACAGCACUUUUUCAAUAAAGAGUACAAUUGUAGACUGGAGUUAACAUUUUAUUUGCUGCAAAUAACAGGAAGGUCAAGUUGUGCCACUUGUCCAUUUUUAUGAAAAUAUUAUAAAGUGUACAUACAAAGUUGUAUAUUAAGAAGAAAAUCUUUAAAAUAAAA